AUGUGCUUCCAAACAGAGCCCAAAAAAAAACUCAAAGCCGAGGAAAAGAGAAGAACAACAACAACAACAAGAAAUAGAGAGAGAAAGAGAUGAAAUUGUUGCAUUUUGCAGAGUAGAGAAUCCAAAGGACGACUUAAAUUAACCAACUUCCCCUCUCUUCUCUUUUCUUUCUUCUCUUUCUCUUUCUCUUUCUCUUCAUUACCAGCAGUUGCAGAAAAAACUCCUCCUCACCCAAGUACUGAAAAACUGAAGAAAAAACAGAGGAGAGAGAAAACUUACCAAACACAAAAAAAAAUAAAAAAAAGAAAUUUAGCAAACAAACAAAAUAAAAACUAAGAGUUGAAGAUAGUAUAAAAGAUAGAUAGAGAAGAGAGAGAAAUUUAAAGAGUUAAGAGAGAGAAAGUUUAGAGCUUUCUUUUCUUUCUUUCUUUCUUGGGUGUGUAUUUUUUUUGGGCUUACAUAUUCAAAACUUCCACAUCUCCAAUCAAAUUAUAAGAAAGAACAAGUGUGAGAAAGAGAGAUUAAUUAAAGAUUAUAUUUUUUUUAACUUUUUUUUUUUGGGUUUUUAUUGUUUGCCCAAUCAAAUUAACUUCUCUCCUCUGUUUCUCUCUCUUUAUCCAAUUCGAUAAUUCAGUUUCUUCAGUUGAAGAAUGAAGAAAUGAAGAAACUUUGAUACUUUCAACUUGCAAAUUAAUCGAAUACAUUUGGUUUUUGUGCGCUUUUUGGAUCGCUGGUGAUGGGAUUCAGAUCGGUAUAUAAUUAAAUUGGGGGAAAGUUGGGAGUUUCAAUUAUCUCAUUGAUUGAUUAAUUGUGAUUGAAGAGGGUGAGAAAAUUGUUGGAUUUGAUUGAAAUUGGAUCGGUAUUGAUUUGGUUGUGGCAAAUAUCUGAUUUGGUUGCCCUCAUUGGGCUUGAAUUAGCUUAGAGAUGUUGGAGGGGAGAUCUUGCUUGGUUUCGAGGGCGUUACCGAGUUCCUGUGAGCAAGAAACUAAGUGGGCUUACAUGAGCUCCUGUCGAGUUGAAGUUGAGAUACCUAAUGGCAAACGCCGCUUGGACCCUGAUCGUGAAGGGGAAGGCGGGUUGAGGAAAACAAUUAAGGUUUCUGAUGUUGAGGAGAAACUUUCUAGAGCUCAAAUCGAUAGGCAUAUCGUGUCUCGAUCCCAAGUAGUUGAUCACUCUGAAAACCAGCAUCAAUCUAGUGAGCAAUCGGAUAUGGAUUGCUUGAUUAAUUCUAUAGGCCGUGAUAUGACCAUUAAUUGUCUUCUCCGUUGUUCAAGGGCUGAUUAUGGUUCGAUUGCUUCUUUAAACCGGAGCUUUCGCAAAUUGGUUAAGAAUGGUGAGAUAUAUAGACUGAGACGGCAACAGAAGGUGAUUGAACAUUGGGUGUACUUCUCUUGCCGUCUCCUUGAAUGGGUGGCGUUUGAUCCAGCUAGCCGGCGUUGGAUGCAAUUGCCUAGGAUGAAUUCUAAUGAAUGUUUCAUGUGUUCUGAUAAAGAGUCUUUGGCUGUUGGGACUGAGCUCCUUGUCUUCGGGAAGGAUUUGAUGUCUCAUGUUAUUUAUAAAUAUAGCAUACUAACAAACUCGUGGUCGUCUGGUAUGAGUAUGAAUUCUCCUAGGUGCUUGUUUGGGUCUGCUAGUCUUGGUGAGUUAGCCAUCUUAGCUGGUGGUUGUGAUUCGCAGGGAAACAUUCUUAGUUCCGCGGAGCUUUAUGAUUCCGAGAAUCAAACAUGGGUCACCCUUCCCAGCAUGAUUAAACCAAGGAAGAUGUGCUCGGGAAUUUUUAUGGAUGAAAAAUUCUACGUAAUUGGUGGAAUCGGGGGAAGUGAUGCUAGGGUUUUAACUUGCGGUGAGGAGUUUGAUCUCACCACAAGAACUUGGAGGGAGAUUCCUAACAUGUCUCCUGGAAACCGUGGGGCUGCCCCUGAGAAUGAGAUGCCUGCUGCAGCCGAGGCUCCUCCGCUUGUGGCUGUUGUAAAUAAUGAGCUGUAUGCUGCUGACUAUGCUGACAUGGAGGUGAAGAAGUACAAUAAAGAAACUAAGGAAUGGGCCACAGUAGGAAGAUUGCCUGAAAGAGCUGGCUCAAUGAACGGUUGGGGUCUCGCUUUUAGGGCAUGUGGACAGCGACUUAUUGUUAUCGGUGGUCCAAGGGCCCACGGUGAAGGUAUCAUCGAGGUUAACUCUUGGGAGCCUAGCGAAGGUCCUCCGCACUGGGAAUUGCUUGGUACCAAGCAAUCCGGAAGCUUUGUUUAUAAUUGCGCGGUGAUGGGUUGCUGAUUGAUAUCAUAGGGUUGGGUGCCAUUUGAGUUAUUCAUCCACAAAUGGGACUUUCGCCAAAAAUAGAUGGUGCAAGGGUUGGUUUGUCCAUCAGCUAGAGGAAGUCUUGCUAAUGGGGUAAUUAUCUUGAUGCUUUUUUUUUUUCCCCUUCAUUUCCAUUUUGGUAGUGGAGGGAGGAUACAGGGAGGAAUUAAUUUCUGAUUUUACUACUCAAGAUUCAAAUUGAAUGUUUUAGGAGGUUUUGGGGUUUCCUCCCUUCACUUUCACAUGAAUAUUUUCUUCUUCUCAUUGAAUUCUGGGUUUUCUUCCCCGUUUUUAGUAACCAUGAGAUAAAAUUUCAACAGUUGUUGUCAUGUAGCACAGAGACAGAAAUUUUAAUAAUUUCAAGUACCAACACAUGGGGUAGAAUUUUUCACCAAUACCAUUUUCUUCUAGCUUUUUUUAAGUUCAUAGUUUUUGUUUCUUUUUACCAGUUUCUUGAACUUUGAUUUUUAUGCCAUAGUCACUCUGGAGAAAAUAAGCUCCACAUUGUUCGUGUAAUUUUCGCCUUCUCUUUUCGCGAUUUCAUGGCUAAAUUUCCAUCCAAGUGAUAUUGUGACACUUAUCGUUGGUCUAUGACCUAUGAAUUGAUAUGGCACUUGAUCAAUAUUGGCAUUUGAUUCUGUAACUUGUUACUAUCCAGUUUUGUUAUCUUGAAGAAUAUAGAGCUGAAUAUGUUUGGAUUCUGA